AUGGCACGUUCGCAGGGCCUGCACGGCGACGAAAUCGACUUCGAGAACACGUGGGCCACCAUCGAGGCGGCCUUUAGAGAAAUCCACACGAAGAAUGCGUCCAAGCUAUCGUACGAGGAACUAUACCGCCAUGCCUACCGCAUCGUCUUGAAAAAGAAAGGCGAGGCGCUGUACGAGAAAGUCCACGAAUUCGAGCGAAACUGGUUGAGCACUGAGGUCCGAGCCUCCAUCUCGCAGUUACUCUCACCGAAUCUCCUCGUAAACGCGCAGAGUGUUGGGGGAACUACACCGAAUGAGCGACGUGUAGCAGGCGAGAAGUUUCUCAAAGGCUUGAAACAGGCAUGGAGCGACCACCAAAUCUGCACGAGCAUGCUAGCAGAUGUGCUCAUGUACAUGGAUCGUGUCUAUUGUGCAGACCACAGGCGACCAUCCAUCUACAACGCCGCCAUGGUCCUGUUCCGCGACGAAAUCCUCAACUCCAAAAUCUCCCCAACCGACGCUCGAGCGAUCAUUAGCCUGCUGAAUCACAUUAUCCUCGACCAGAUACAGAUGGAACGCGAUGGCGACGUCAUUGACAAGCAGCUUAUCAAGUCCUGCGUGUGGAUGCUGGAGGGCCUACAUGAGGGCGAGGUGGAGGCAGAAGAGCAGCGACUUUACAACACGUCUUUCGAGAAAGAGUAUCUUGAAACCAGUAGGAUCUUUUACCAUGGAGAAUCGGAACUCCUACUUCGCGAGUCGCACGCUGGCGCAUAUUGCAAACACGCGCGACGUAGGAUCUAUGAAGAGGACGAGCGCUGCAAGCAGACACUUUUGGAGGGUACCGGGCCCAAGAUUCAGAAGGUCGUGGAGGACGAGCUGAUCAAGAACCGGAUACACGAGCUCGUAGAGAUGGAGAGCGGUGUACGCUUCAUGAUCGACAAUCAUAGGUUAGAAGAGCUGAACCUGAUCUACGACUUGAACGCGCGGGUAGACGAAAAGAAGAUUGAAACUACCCGAGCCAUUCAACGGCGAAUCGUCGAAAUGGGUUCAGACAUCAACAAGGAUGCAAUCGCGGCAUCGCAAGCGCCCGCCGUUGUACCUGUUGCCGACUCCGCCGAUAAGGGUAAGGGCGCUGCGCAAGACAAGAGUCUGAACCAGCAGACUGUCGCUGCGAUCAAAUGGGUCGAGGAUGUCCUUGCCUUGAAAGACCGUUUUGACAAGAUUUGGCGGGAGUCAUUCGAGUGCGACCCACUGCUGCAACAGGCGCAGACAGCGAGUUUCUCCGAGUUCAUCAACUCGGUGACGUUUCCACGAUCAUCCGAAUACAUCUCUCUCUUCAUCGACGAAAACAUGAAGAAGGGUAUCAAAGGCAAGACUGAGUCUGAGAUCGAUGCUGUUCUAGAGAAAGCUAUUAUCCUACUACGAUACGUACAGGACAAGGACCUUUUCGAGCGCUACUACAAGAAGCACUUGUGCCGACGUCUGUUGAUGAAUAAGUCUAUCAGCAACGAAGUCGAGAAGCAGAUGAUCUCGAAGAUGAAGAUCGAACUCGGCAACAACUUUACGCUGAAGCUGGAGGCCAUGUUCAAGGACAUGACUAUUUCUGAAGAGCUUACCGCCGGCUUCAAGAAGCAUGUAGAAGGUCUCGGAGAGAAGGACCCGAAGCGCAUCGAGCUAUCCAUCAAUGUCCUGACCAGCAUGACAUGGCCUCUUGAGACUAUGGGUGGCGCAGCCGCAGACGAAGAGGAUAAACGACCGCGAUGCAACUACCCUCUUGUCGUAGACAAACUCAAACGCGGCUUUGAGAAGUUCUACAGCCAGAAGCACUCCGGACGACAGCUUACUUGGCUCCCCAAUAUGGGAUCGGCGGACAUCAAGGCUGUCUUCCCCAAGGUCGCCCAAAAGGAUGGAUCUUUCAAGGAACGUCGGCACGACCUGAAUGUAUCGACAUAUGGCAUGAUCGUCCUUCUCCUGUUCAACGAGCUUGGUACGGAUGAACGCCUGACUUUUGAGGAGAUCCAAGCUCGGACCAAUAUUCCUCCUAGUGAUCUCAUCCGAAACCUGCAGUCGCUUGCCGUAGCGCCCAAGACGCGCAUCUUGAUCAAGGAGCCCAUGUCCAAGGAUGUGAAACCUACCGACCGAUUCUCCUUCAACGAAGGUUUCCAGGGCAAAUUCGUCAAGAUCAAGGUUGGUGUCGUCAGCGGCGGCAACAAGGUCGAGAGCGAUCGUGAGCGACGCGAAACCGAGAAGAAGAAUGACGACUCGCGAGGGUUCUGUAUCGAGGCUGCAGUUGUGCGAAUUAUGAAGCAACGUAAGGAGCUUUCGCAUCAACAGCUCAUGUCGGAGACCCUCAGUCAGCUGGUCGGUCAGUUCAAGCCUGAGGUUAACAUGGUCAAGAAGCGCAUUGAGUCGCUUAUUGAGCGCGAAUACCUAGAGCGUGUAGAAGGAGCGCAGAUUGAUUCAUAUAGAUAUCUCGCUUAG